GUGGUCUACCUCUCCAUCUCCGAGGACGAGGUCACUUGGGUGGAGAAGCCCCUGUCCAGCGGCAACGUGCUCGGCCUCCUGACGCUGGAGGAGAAAGGCCUCACCUUCCAAGUCCGGUAUGUGAGGAUGUGGAUCCAACGAGGAUUCCAGGACGCUGAAACCGGCCAGUGGGGUACGACGAUCCGAGAUUUUGGCGUUCUUCAGUUCUCGAACAUGGUCAGAGGAAAAGUCCCGGUGGUCGACAGUCUUUGGGAGUAUCCAGCAGCCUGGACCGUGGACAACAACAUGAACACCGAAUGGACUUCCCGAUUCGGAGCUCUUGAGGCUCAGCUGAUUUACGACCUGGGCUACCGCAGAAAUGUAGCCGGCAUGACCUGGUCCUUCGGUCACGUUGCAGGACGGGUCGACGUGCAUUAUGCUGACCGCAACGAUAACCGCAGCAACUGGCAGCGCGCGUAUGCAUUGGUCGGAAACGUCGAUGCGGACAUUGUUGUGCCUACCACGGUGCACUUCAAGUGCCGCUUUAUUCGGCUGACGCUGCAAGAGCCGCGCACCCGCGAGUUCUGGCACCCAGACCGUUUCGAGGAUACGGAAUUCUGGGACAGCAUCUUGUCACUCAAAGACUUCAAAGCCUACGAGCACACUGGCGGUGGUGGCGUACUUGGCUUUCAGUCGGUCGACGGCAUGCAGUACACAACCAUCGCAUAUGCCUUGCGCCAGCCGGGGCAGUGGAUCAUCAGCAGCGAGGCCGAUGUGGCCACCCAGGACUUGCCUGUCAACUACUCCUUCAAUGAUGUUGGACAGUUGGUGCACCUGGCCAUGACGAAGCGGAAGGUCGGUGGCACAACCACCACACGGCAGAUGGAAUAUGCUUUCUACCGGAAUGGCCUCACGUACGGUGAGCCUUACACUGUCACGGAGAGCAUCGACAGGAUGUACGGUCCCGGCUCGGCGAGG